AUGGACCGAUAUUCACGCAAGAUCCAUUGCUAUGGACCGAUACUCGCCCAAGAUCCGUUGCUAUGGACCGAUAUUCGCCCAAGAUCCAUUGCUAUGGACCGAUACUCACCCAAGAUCCGUUGCUAUGGACCGAUAUUCACCCAAGAUCCGUUGCUAUGGACCGAUAUUCGGCCAAGAUCCGUUGCUAUGGACCGAUACUCACCCAAGAUCCGUUGCUAUGGACCGAUAUUCACCCAAGAUCCGUUGCUACGGACCGUCAACAAGCAUGAAGAUCUGAGCAGCGAAGGGAUACAGCUGUUGCCCAAGCAGAAGUUCACUGGACGAAAGUUGGCGAGGUACCAAGAUCCCGGGAUGUGGCCCGCGGAAGGCCUGCUGAAACGACUCAUGAGGAACAACGACCGAGAGUCAUUGCAAUUGGUGGCUGCUUCUGCCACAGCAUAUCUCUCCAGCCGCUUGAGGCUUGAACAAGUGAUGCAGCGAGAUAAGUUGAAACGAUUUCCAGUGCCUUUGCCAAGGCUAGAUCCCCAGCGCAGUACUGCCGCCGUGCUGCAAGCUGCUGCCGCUGCGCGCGCUGCUCAGGGCGAUCGAGGCGAUGAGGGCGACGGCGACAGCGAAGUGGGCAGGCGGAUCCCGGGGAGGAGCAGCUACCGUGCUCUACCAGCUGGGAUCCAGCACUACACUUGGAAGGUGCCAUUGAGUGGCAGCCACGCUGCUGCAGUGGCAGCGGCUCUGGACAUUUUGCGACCCGAGUCCGCGCUGAUCUUCGUGUGUCCCAAUGCAGGGGAGAGCGUGAAGGGCGUUGUGAAGGACCUCACGACAGCUGGAUGGUCCAAUGUGGAUACCUUGUCGAGAGCGCUAUUCCCUGACUCUCGCAGUACCAAUCCUGGGAAGAAGGCUUCGCAGGUGAAGGGCGAGGCGAAGGGCUGGCGGAGUGCCAAUCGCCUCGUGGAACUGCGAGAUGCCACCAAGCGUGGCUAUAGCCAAGAAGGUGACUUCUACCGAGAGGCACCCAUCUUCGUAAGCGCGGAGGACGGUGGAUCUCAAAAGGGGCUUCGGAACUUUUUGGGUUUCCCAAACGGAUGGAUCUUAAAGAUUCCAAGGAUGUGA